AACGGUCGCUAACGGUCGCCGCGCGCCCCCGCGCCCCAUGCCGCGGCGCGCGCAGGUGACGGUGUGGCACGGGCCGGCCCGGGGCCGCGGCGGGGCGCCGCGGCAGGGCAGCUGCCGCCUGCAGGGCCUGCGAGCUGUCUUGGAAGCAGAUGGACAUGAACUUACUCUAGAAGAGAUACCAGACUGGAAUACUGUGGAACUCAUAGUAAAUGGGGAGACCGUAUUUCAUUGCAACAUCAAUGACCUGGACUUUGGAGGUGAUGGCAAGUUGGAUCCACUUUGUGAAGAAGCCAGAAGAGCAGUGCUGAAUGCUUACUGAUUUACAGGGACACGUUCUCUUUUACCCUGGUGUUUUGUCAGGCAAUUUACUUACAUUACAAACAUACUAGAAAUGUCAGGAUACAGUGGUUCUUCACAUGUCUAUGUCUCUUAGUAAGCCUCUGGAUAAUCUUAUCUGUUGUAUCCAUGUGUCAGCUAAGUACCAAUAUACUACCUUUUCCAGAACCGGUCAUAUGUUACCAACCUGAAUAUUACAGAUUCGUGUAGAACUGAGUCGCAUGUGGUUCUAAUAAUUUGAUUUUAAUAAAAAGAAUCAAACUCUUG